AAUACUAAGUCUGUCACUUAGAAAAGACAAGACAUGGCUUCCAACAUGACAAACCCUGCUAACCACUUGCCAUACUUCUUUGGCAAUAUUACACGUGAAGAAGCUGAGGAGUAUCUGAUGCAAGGAGGAAUGAGUGAUGGGCUAUACUUGCUUCGCCAAAGCCGGAAUUACCUGGGAGGCUAUGCCUUAUCCUUGGCCCAUGGAAGGAAGGUACAUCAUUAUACAAUUGAGAGGGAAUUGAGCGGCUCAUAUGCUAUUGCAGGUGGCAAGUCACAUGCCAGUCCUGCUGAACUCAUUAACUAUCACUCAGAGGAAGCAGAUGGCCUUAUCUGUCUACUGAGAAAACCUUUCAACCGACCACCAGGCGUUGAACCCAAAACAGGACCAUUUGAAGAUUUAAAAGAGAACCUCAUCAGAGAGUACGUCAGACAAACUUGGAAUUUGCAGGGUCAUGCUCUCGAACAAGCUAUCAUUAGUCAAAAGCCUCAGCUGGAGAAACUGAUUGCCACUACAGCCCAUGAGAAGAUGCCAUGGUUCCAUGGGAGGAUCUCUCGGGAAGAGUCAGAGCACCGUAUCCUUGUUGGGUUAAGAAACAAUGGAAAAUUUCUUAUCCGAGAAAGGGACAGCAGUGGUUCCUAUGCCUUGUGUCUGCUGAAUGAUGGAAAAGUACUGCAUUACCGUAUUGACCGAGACAAGACAGGAAAGCUCUCCAUACCGGAUGGAAAAAGAUUUGACACGCUCUGGCAGUUAGUUGAGCAUUAUUCAUACAAACCAGAUGGAUUAUUAGGGGUUCUUACCAUUCCUUGUCCACGAUUUGGCUCAGAAAAUGAUAAUGUUGUUUUUAACACUCGUCCUCCUCUUCCUGGAACACUUGCUAAGCUUCAACCAACUAUUAGCCACCCACCCGAUGAAGCGCCUUUUAAUCCUUAUGUGCUGCAAAGGAGGAGAGGUCUUACUGAAGCAGACAAAGGUGAUCAGAGAGUGGCCUUACCCAUGGAUACUGAGGUCUACGAAAGUCCAUAUGCUGAUCCAGAUGAAAUGAAGCCCAAAAAUGUCACACUUGACAGGAAAUUGUUAACCUUGGAGGAAGGAGAACUUGGGUCUGGCAACUUUGGUACUGUGAAAAAAGGGUUUUACAGGAUGAGAAAGGGUGCCAAGCCAGUGGCUGUAAAAAUUCUUAAGAAUGAAAGUAAUGAUCCAGCCAUAAAAGAUGAAUUAUUGAGAGAAGCAAAUGUAAUGCAGCAAUUGGAUAAUCCAUACAUUGUCCGAAUGAUAGGCGUAUGUGAAGCUGAGGCCUGGAUGUUAGUGAUGGAAAUGGCUGAACUUGGGCCAUUGAAUAAAUUUUUGCAAAAAAAUAGACAUGUCACAGAGAAGAAUAUAACAGAGCUGGUACAUCAGGUUUCCAUGGGGAUGAAAUACCUGGAGGAGAAUAACUUUGUUCAUAGGGAUCUGGCUGCAAGGAACGUGCUAUUAGUCACCCAACAUUAUGCCAAAAUUAGUGACUUUGGACUUUCUAAAGCUCUUAGUGCUGAUGAAAAUUACUAUAAGGCACAAAGUCAUGGAAAAUGGCCUGUCAAGUGGUAUGCUCCAGAGUGCAUGAAUUUCUACAAAUUUUCUAGCAAAAGUGAUGUCUGGAGCUUUGGGGUGUUAAUGUGGGAAGCUUUCUCUUAUGGACAAAAACCAUAUAAGGGAAUGAAAGGUGGUGAAGUUGCACAGAUGAUUGAAAGAGGAGAACGAAUGGAAUGUCCAGAAGUCUGUCCAACAGAAGUCUAUGAUCUAAUGAAAUUGUGUUGGACAUACAAUGUUGAUGACCGACCAGGAUUUGUGGCAGUUGAGAUGAGAUUACGUAACUACUAUUACGACAUUUCCCACUAACGGCAUGAAGAGCAGCAGCUUCCUCUCCUUCAGCCAGCACCCUCCAAGAAGCAGUUCAGAUUCCGAAACCAAGUGACUUUGAUUUUUGUACUGCCACUUUCGCCAUGCAAAGCUCAGUGCUAAGCCCUGUGUUGGUCAAGUUGCCUUUUCUUGCCUUCUGCACAAUACUAGCUCUGAAAUAGGGUGUGGAAAUUAAAGAGACUCCAAAGCCAGCAGAAAGGACAUCAGAGCAGAUGCUUGUAUUUUUGCUACAUUUAAUUUAAGUUGAUUUACAGUUUAAUUGGCAUUACAAUUUGCAGUCAUAGAAAGCCUGUACAAUGUCUUUCAGCCCUCUUCCUCUCUUGUAUUUGAAUGUGGACUGGAAUUUAGAUUCUUGUUGCUAAUUUUCUUAGCCCUCAAAUGUAUUAAGAGUUGCUACAGCCUUUCUUCUCCCCAGGGAAGAGUAACAUAAACAUUACUCACUAUAAAUGAAAUCCACUGUGAAAUUGUGUCAGUUGCAUCGACUGACUGUGUUUGAUUUUACCUCCAAGCUCCUUGAAAACCAAAUUGUAUUCUUCUCAGUAAUAAUUUAGGAAGAGGGGUACUGGGAGAUAAGAAUUUCUAGCAUCAUCUCCUUUAAAUGGGACCAACUUCUUGCAUUCCUCAUCUCAUCUGGAAACACAGCUGUCCCUCAGGGAGUUAUUUUUUCCCUCAUGAAAUGUGGGAACUCAGAGCCUUGUUCUUGUCUUCGAACAGAAUGUAUCAGCACCUAAGGCAAUGAUUCAAGUUUUUAACAUAAGGACAAUCACUGCAUUCCUGAUGAGAUAGCUGCAUAGUGAAAGGCGAUGGAGCAGCACCUUUCUUUCUCUCUGCUGUUUCAGCCAUCUACAGAG